GAAAGUCGGUUUGGUUUACUGUGCAAAACCGCCAUUGCCACCAACUGUACAACCUUACUCUCUCUCUCUCUCUCUCUCUCCAUCAUCUGUCCCUCACGAACACACAAUCGAUACAUAUAUAUCAUUCCAAAACCCUCUCUGAUUGUGGUCUUUCUCUCUCUUCUGCUUACCCAGAAUGGGAAGCUCAAAAACAAUUACAGACGAUUCGGUCACUGUAUCGGACGAUGCCGGCGCCACCACAGAGACCGACAUCGGCAUAGAUGACACCGUUGACUCUCCCCCUCCGGCCGAUUCCAGCUACUUCCAAGAAGGUGAAAAGGUCCUAGCUUACCAUAGCCAACGCCUUUACGAAGCCAAGGUGGAAAAAAUUGAAUUUCAGAUGGAGUGGAGGUAUUUCGUACAUUAUCAUGGGUGGAACAGAAAUUGGGAUGAAUGGGUAAGCAUUGAUCGUCUGAUGAAACACACUGAAGAAAAUGUGCAAAAACAGCAGGAGCUCAACAAAAGGCAAGACAUAGAGAAGAAUACAAAGCUUGGUCGUGCAUCACAGCCUAAACCAAAAACUUCUGCUGUUUCAAGAGGCAAGAAGCGAAAGAACGAUUCUGUUCUUAAGGAGAAAGGCAAGACACCAUUGGAAAAGCUCGUGAACAUCCAAAUUCCGCCAACCUUAAAGAAACAACUGGUUGAUGAUUGUGAAUUCAUAACUCAUUUGGGCAAGCUUGUCAAACUUCCCCGUACUCCAAAUGUUGUUGAAAUAUUGAAUAAGUAUCACGAUUACCGGAUGAAGAAGGAUGAAAUGAUAGCUGAUUCAGUAGGAGAAAUUUUGAACGGCCUGCGAUGUUACUUUGACAAAUCAUUGCCUGCAAUGCUCCUGUACAAAAGUGAGCGUCAGCAAUACCAGGAAAUUGAAGAUAAUGUCUCUCCUUCAAUAGUAUAUGGAGCUGAACAUUUAUUACGGCUCUUUGUGAAGUUGCCUGAGCUAUUGUACGAUGCAAACAUUGAAGAGGAGACCUUGAAGGAGUUGCAGCAGAAAUUACAUGACUUCCUCAAGUUCCUGCAGAAGAAUCAGAGUGCCUUCUUUCUCCCUACUUACCAGAUGCCGGAAGGUUUUUUACAAGCAAGUCGAGAACAAGAUGACAAAGCUGGAAUGCAUUCUGGAAACGCCGUGUAGAUACGUAUUACAAUGAAGCUGCAGGCAUGUUUUAGGUAAAAAUUUUGGGACCGUUUACAUUUAUCUCAUACAUACGCUUCCAAUUUGCAAGAAGUACUUCUAUUGCACGUUCUAUUUAACCGUUUUUAUCAUCUUGUAAAUAAAUAAUACUCGUACCAGUUGCAAAGAAAACAAGAGUUGAUGUCUAUCGCCUACUUAGCACACGCCUUGUUCUUGAUUUUUAUUAUGGCUCUUUACUUAGUGACUUACAAAAUUCUAGCAGUAACUGGGUGUCUGUUUAUCAAUUGAGUUUGCGAGGCACCCCCAUUUUCAACGCUAUACACCGCUGUAGU